AAAUGUGUGGUCACGUGUAUACAUAUUCACACAGGAAGUGCCUGUGCUACGAAUGAAAAAAAAAAUAAAUAAAAUAAAAAUAAAUAAAAACAACGUAACUUUCUUUAAAUUUAAAGUUUGCAAUACCUUCACGCUUGCUUCGUUAAACUUGUCAUAUUUAUUUAUGUUAGGUAUAGCUUGUGACACUUAAUCGUUUAACAUCAUGGCAUUGUGAUGUUAAUCGUAUGGCUGUAAGUUUUAAAUAUAGUUUAACGCAAAUGCAAAACGUUCAACGAAGAAGAAGCAAACAAAAAACAACACUCGUUAUCACCUUUGUCAGGGCAACUAUCUGUUUUAUAUUAUGAAUCCUAAUUAUGAAGAGAAUAAGAAGUUGCAAUGUACUGGUUAAUGAAAAUGUACAGAUUUAGAAAAAGAAAUCUAAAAAGUAUGUUAACUGUUAAAAAUGCUGUGCCAUUGAUGGUCUGCUAUCUUGCAUUAUAAAUAAACUUGAGAUGGAGGUUGAUCCACCGAACAAUCUUGCCCUACCUUUAGGCUACGGCAGUCGUGAUGUUGAGAGCUUAGGAUGCAAUGGCAAAAACAAUAUACCAGCAUCUGGUACACUGAAAAGAUGUAACAGUGCCCCAAUGAUAAAUAUUUUAGUGUCUACUGCUAGUAUGCAAAUCAGUCCACCAUGCAGCUUUUCAACUAUAGAUUCACAAAGAACAAGAAGAUUCAGCUCCAGUUCUAUGACAUUACAUGGAUCAACAACUCCAAUUAAAGUUGCUGACCGAUUAAACCAGUUGAAGCAAGAAGAAAGUCAUAUUGCAGACCGAGAUAUUCAAAGAGAAAGGGAGGUAAGGUCAGCUAUAGAAAUUUCCACAUCUUGGACAGAAAGGUUUUCUUUGGGUGAUCAUGAACCUAUGAUAGCUGAGAACUCACAACGACCUACAACACGUCCAAGGUCAUUUUCAGAGUCACUUUAUGUUUUUACUUCACCUUCAAUGUUAGUAGGUGCUAUGUCUCCAACAAGAGUUGGGAAGCAAUGUUUUUCACCAUCAAUGCAAGCUCCAAUAAAGAAUCACACAUUUACACCUAGUCCCAGCCCUAGUCCAACAAGAAAAUCAUUUCCAAGAAGUAUCAGUCCAAUCAUUAUCAGACCAAGUCCACUUGGUAAAAGAAAAUUGGAGCCUGAUGGAGAUAAUAGAUACGAGAGUUACAUGAGUCCGCCAAAAAAGUUUCAUACAGGACCAAGUACCCCAGACAGACUUAUACCACAUCCAUUGGCACAUAGUGUAUCCUCAAGCAGUUGUGAAGGAAGUAGUCCAGAGCAGGCAAUACCUAUAGCAAGCAGUAUUCAUAGUUUACCAACUGGCAACAAACCACAGCCAUAUAUGUUUGGUUUUAUGCCUCUUAGAGAUUCACAAGACAUGCAAACUACUGAUUCUGAGACAUCUGACGUAACAGAAUCCACAGACAUGUCAGAGGCAGGUGAUUCUUCUAAUGGAAUGCUUUUGACUACAACAAACAAUCCAAAUAAUAAUAUAUUUUCAUUGAAAGCAAAUCAUUUAUGACACAUGGUACGACAUGUUGUCAAAGGUGAUUUAUAUAUGUGUGUAUAUACAGUUAUUACAGUGUUCACAGAAAUCACUCUAUUUUAUGAUGUUUUCUUUACGGACAUAGCAGAGAGAACAAAGAGCUCGGGAGAAAAUUAAGUUAUAUGGAUUUAUUUAUGGAUGAUGUUUUGUACAUUUGUUUUCUGUGUUGAACCAUUAUAAUUACCAGUAAUGAAA